CCUUGAUGCGUUUUUGGGCUCGAUUAUUGAACUGGAAGUCGUUCCCGUGGCUGUGCAUGCUCUCCACUCUAACAAGCAUCCGCAUGGUUUGAGAGAGCCUGGAACCAGCAUUUCUCUCAUCACCAAAUAAUUACCAUCUAGAGCCAGCAAUAGGACUCAACGAACUUCAUCUAAUUGUUUUUGGAUCAUGUCUCUCUUCACUAUCCCCAUCGCCAUGGGCGGAUCUUUCGAAUGCACCUCUCCUGCUGACAGGGUGUAUCUCCUGUCUUUUGAUUCUCCGCCGGACAAUCGUCAGACAACCGCGUUCAUCGAUGCUUUCAGCCUUGCACUUGAUAUUAUAGAAGAGAAAUACCCCAUCGGUGUGGUUGUGACCACAAGCAAAAUUCCCAAGUUUUAUAGCAAUGGGUUAGAUUUGGAACAUGCAAUGGGAACCGAGGACUUUUUCGCAAAAGUAUACUGGCCUUUUUGGAAGAAACUUCUCACGUAUCCAAUGCCGACCGUCGCUCUUAUUAACGGGCACGCAUAUGCAGGUGGACUGUUCGUCUCAUUGCUGCAUGACUACCGAUUCCAAAACCCAACCAGGGGGUAUCUGUGCUUGAAUGAGGUCCAUUUUGGCGCCUGGCUACCGGCCCCCAUGGCCAGCAUCGUAAAGCAAAAGGUUGCAAACCCCGCAGCUGUGAGAGAUUUGAUCACGGCAGGCCGGCGAUUCGACGCCAAAGAGGCCCUUUCGGCAGGCAUUAUCGAUGCUACCGGAGGGAUCGAAGUGGCACUCAAAUUCAUCGAGGACCGUUCACUAGUCAAGCUCGGCCAGACGAAAGUAUACGCUUCCUUGAAGGAGGAGAUAUAUAAAGAAACAUUGAAAACCCUUGAGUCACACGAGGAAAACGAAAAGGAACGACUGGGCCGCUUACAGGAAAGGGAUGACAUGGAGAAAGUGCGAAGUGCGAGAGUAGGUGCAUGGGAGAAAACCCAUGGUGGAUCGAAGUUGUGA